UUUUAUCUUGUUUCUUAUUGGUGAGCCGGUUGACUCAUUUUGAUCUUUGGAAUGUGCACUAAGUGAUAUUCUAUAAAUAGGUUGAAGCCACAUCAGAGCAUUGAAAUAUAUAAAUACAUAUAGUCCCUAUCACAUUGACAUUAGAAAAAUGAGCUUACAGUGGACACUCAUUGCUGGAUUCCUGUAUUUGGAAAUAGCUGUGGUACUUUUAUUAGUACUACCAAUAGCAAGUGCAAGAAGAUGGAACUCAUUUUUCAAGUCAAAGUUUUUACAAGUUCUACAGAGACAAGCUGGCUUUUACUUCUUGAUACUUUUGGCGAUAUUAGUUUUGUUCCUUCUUGAUGCUAUCAGAGAAAUGAGGAAAUACUCUAAUUUGGCUGCUGAUGAACAUGGACAUGCACAUCUUGAUCGAGAAAUGCAAGGCAGCAUGAGAUUAUUCCGAGCCCAACGUAAUUUUUACAUUUCCGGAUUUGCCCUGUUCCUGUCAUUGGUGAUAAGACGCCUAGUCAUUCUGAUUUCCAACCAGGCCACUCUUGAGGCUCAGUCUGAGGCAUCAAUGAGACAGGCUCAGAGUGCCACAACAGCUGCCAAGUCCUUACUUGCACAACGUGGAGAAGUCGCUCAAAAUGACAGUAAUGAGGCUCAUGAUAAAGAAGUAAUAGAGCUGAAGGCCAAGCUUGUCAAAGUCCAAGACGAACUAAAACUUGAAAAGAAAGAUAAGAAUGCCCUCAAAGAGCAAGCUGAUAACUUGGCAAAGGAGUAUGAUCGCCUUGCAGAAGAACACAGCAAGCUUCAGAAAAAAUUAACUGUGGGAUCUGGUGAUAAGAAAGAUGAGUAAGAUUAUUGUAACGAUGGAUUUCAAAUUUCGGUAUGUUCUCUAUCAAAGUUUAAAUGUUAAUAAAAGAGGCUGUUUGAAAUAAGGACAAAAUAUAUUAAUUCGAAAUAUGAGACACUAGGUGUGGGAAUAUUUAAAUAGAUUGAUAGCUGAGAAAUUAUUUUUGUUUAGUUCGGUGGUGAAAUGAAUAUCUUUACUGUUCUACAAGAAAACACAAUUUUUUAUAUUACACAUAUAUUUCGUGUUAAGAAACAAUAUCAUUAGGCAAUACAAUGUUAUGAAAAUAUUAAUUUAUUAACACAUAAUUUUUUUAAGCUACUUAUAUAAUAUCUAGCAUUGCCUUAUUAUAAUUUCGUUUUUUUGUUGAACUUGUUAUGUUAUGUUGAACAAAUUAUGUCUGUAAUUCCUGCUUUGUAAAAAAUAAAUUAUUUUCCAAAUAAAAAAUA